ACUCCAGAUGGAUACGCCGGAUAAAAAUGGUGAUGACAUUACACUUGAAUUCGCGACCUUUCAUCAACCCUCUUUUUCUCCGAUCAGUCUUGAACUCUAGAAAAAUAUCCAGAGCAACCAGCUUGAUACACUGCUCCGUAUUAUCAUCACCUGCAAUGGAAAAGAGACACUCCCAGAAGCACGUGGCAGUCUGUGGUGGCGGUGUGAUCGGUGUUUGCACCGCUUACUUUUUAGCCAAAAAAGGCGCCGCCGUCACGCUUAUAGAGAGAUCCUCUAUAGCAUGCGCUGCCUCAGGAAAAGCCGGCGGAUUCCUCGCUCUUGACUGGUGUGAUGGUGGGCCCCUCUCUUCCUUGGCCCGUGCAAGCUUUAAUCUGCACCGUUCACUCUCGGAGGAACUCAAUGGCCCAGAAAAUUACGGUUAUCGACCGCUUACCGCUCUCAGCCUCACUGUAUCCGAAUCCUCUAGUUCGAAAUCCUCCGCUAACUCUAAUUCUAUUCUUCCAUCGUGGGUGGAUGGGCCAGCUCAAAACGCGAGGACAAUUGGGUCAACUGAAACUACGGCACAGGUUCACCCACAGUUAUUUACCAAGACUUUAUUAAACAAAGCUGUAAAUGAGUAUAAUGUGGAGGUGGUGAUAGGUAAAGUGGAGCUCGUGGGAGUUGAUGAAGGAGGGCGAGUUGAGUCGGUUGUGCUGGAGGGUGGGCGAGUUAUUGAGUCGGAGGCGGUGGUGUUAAGUUUAGGGCCGUGGUCUGGUAAAUUCGAGUUAUUGUCGUCGAUUUUUAAUGUGUCUGGUCUCAAGGCUCAUAGUAUUGUUUUAGAGCCGAAAGAGGCGAAUGCUAUAACGCCACAUGCACUUUUUCUGAGUUAUUAUGCAGCUCAGGGAGGCAAGCCAAUGGACCCCGAAGUGUAUCCUCGUCCCACAGGGGAGGUGUACAUUUGUGGGACGUCAUUAGAGCAAGAGGUGCCAGAUGAUCCAGAAACAAUUUCAGUUGACCCAGAAUCUAUACAAGUGCUAAAGAGGGUCGCUAGAACAGUGUCGAGUCACUUGGGGGAAGUUGAGGCACAAGUGAAGGCAGAGCAAGCAUGUUUCUUGCCAUGUACAGAGGAUAGUGUGCCCAUAAUAGGCGAAAUUCCAGGCAUUAAAGGUUGUUAUGUAGGAACUGGACACAGUUGCUGGGGUAUUCUAAACGGUCCUGCAACAGGAGCUGCUUUAGCUGAACUUGUGAUGGAUGGCCAUUCCAGUACUGUUGAUCUUUCUCGGUUCAGUCCCGCAAGAUUUGCUGGGCGUAGAAAAAAAGUAUUUACCUGAUUUGUAAGAAGAUGAGUGAUGAGAAUGUUGUAACCAGUGUAUGAACUUGAUACCUCAUACAUAGCUAAAUAAAGUCCAAUUCUUGUUUGUAUA